GGGCUCAGGACCUCGUUAAGGCGCAGCCACGGGUAACGCAAGGCAAGGUUUGUUCGCGGGUAGUGUUAGGUGUGAAAAGAUCAUCGCACAAAUGGAGGGAUACUGCCAGACUGUCAAGGGGAUGAAAGUGCUGGACCUGGAUCCUCGAGAGCAAGUCCCGUUCAAUUUUUUGUUUCGUGGACCUCCAGGAACUGGCAAAACGACGACCGCAAGGAAUAUGGGCAAGGUAUACUACGAUAUGGGCAUCUUGGGCUCAGACGAAGUUAUUGAAAGCUCUGCUACAGAUCUUGUUGGACAAUACAUCGGGCACACAGGCCCAAAGACUCAGGAGCUACUUGAGAAGGCGUUGGGAAAGGUUCUCCUUGUUGACGAAGCAUAUAGUCUGGCAGAUGGCAAGUUCGCCAAAGAAGCAAUGGAUGAAAUUGUGGAUUGUAUCACAAAACCCAAAUUUGCAGGCAAGCUGAUUAUCAUCCUGGCGGGAUACGAUAAUGACAUCAACUGACUUACUGACAUCAAUCCCGGGUUAACGAGUCGAUUCCCUGGCUCCAUUGAGUUUGAUGGACUUAAUCCGGAUGCAUGUCUCAAACUGCUGAGAACAGUCUUUCAAACACGGUGAGAUGAGUUGUUGCAGAAGAGAACAGUAAUGGGCAUCAGUUACCUUGAAGGGCCUACAAGUGACUUUUCACGCGACUUGCAAUCUCGAUUCUCGACAUUAA